AUGGCGGCGCGGCGGGCGGCGCUGGUGGCCGCGCUGCUGCUGGCCGAGCCCUGCGCCCCGGAGGCGGCGGCCGAGGCCAACGGGACGUGCCAAGGCUCCACCCGGUGCCAGCCCGGCGUCCUGCUGCCCGUCUGGCAGCCCGACAACCCCUCCUUCGGCGACAAGGCCGCCCGCGCCAUCGUCUACUUCGUGGCCAUGAUGUACAUGUUCCUGGGCGUCUCCAUCAUCGCCGACCGCUUCAUGGCCUCCAUCGAGGUCAUCACCUCCAAGGAGAAGGAGAUCACCAUCACCAAGGCCAACGGGGAGACCAGCAUCGGCACCGUCCGCAUCUGGAACGAGACGGUCUCCAACCUGACGCUGAUGGCGCUGGGCUCGUCGGCCCCCGAGAUCCUCCUCUCCGUCAUCGAGGUGUGCGGCCACAACUUCCAGGCGGGCGAGCUGGGGCCCGGCACCAUCGUGGGCAGCGCGGCCUUCAACAUGUUCGUGGUCAUCGCCGUGUGCGUCUACGUCAUCCCCAGCGGCGAGAGCCGCAAGAUCAAGCACCUGCGGGUCUUCUUCGUCACGGCCUCCUGGAGCAUCUUCGCCUACAUCUGGCUCUACCUGAUCCUGGCCGUCAUCUCGCCCGGCGUGGUGCAGGUGUGGGAGGCCCUCCUCACCCUCGUCUUCUUCCCCGUCUGCGUGGUCUUCGCCUGGGCCGCCGACAAGCGCCUCCUCUUCUACAAGUACGUCUACAAGCGCUACCGCGCCGACCCCCGCAGCGGCAUCAUCAUCGGCACCGAGGGCGAGCUCCCCAAGGGCAUCGAGGUGGACGGCGGCUUCCCGCUGCCCGAGCGCCGCGAGGCCGAAGGCCCGCCGCCGCCCCCGCCGCCGCCGCCGGAGGAGAAGGAGCUGGACGAGAGCCGCCGGGAGGUCAUCCAGAUCUUGAAGGACCUGAAGCAGAAGCACCCGGAGAAGGAGCUGGAGCAGCUGGUGGACAUGGCCAACUACUACGCGCUGCUCCACCAGCAGAAGAGCCGCGCCUUCUACCGCAUCCAGGCCACGCGCAUGAUGACGGGCGCCGGCAACGUCCUCAAGAAGCACGCGGCCGAGGUCUCCAAGAGGUCCUCGGCGCUGCUGGAGGUGCCCUCGGAGGCCGAGGAGGAGGCGUGCGGCCGCAUCUUCUUCGAGCCCUGCCUCUACCACUGCCUGGAGAACUGCGGCUCGGUGACGCUCUCGGUGGCGUGCCGGCAGGGCGCCGAGGCCAACCACACCUUCUACGUGGACUACAAGACGGAGGACGGCUCGGCCAAGGCGGGCUCCGACUACGAGUACAGCGAGGGGACGCUCAUCUUCAAGCCGGGCGAGACGCAGAAGGAGCUGAAGAUCGGCAUCAUCGACGACGACAUCUUCGAGGAGGACGAGCACUUCUUCGUCCGCCUCCUCAACCUCCGCGUGGGCGACGCCGAGGGCAUGUUCGAGGCCGACGAGGCCGAGCACCCCAAGGGGCGGCUGGUGGCGCCGCUGGUGGCCACCGUCACCAUCCUGGACGACGACCACGCCGGCAUCUUCGCCUUCCGGGAGCGGCUGCUGCGGGUCAGCGAGUGCCAGGGCGCGGUGGAGGUGACGGUGGUGCGGAGCUCGGGCGCCCGCGGCACCGUCCUGCUGCCCUACCGCACCGUGGAGGGGACGGCGCGCGGCGGCGGCGUCGACUACGAGGACGCCUGCGGGGAGCUCGAGUUCCGCGACGACGAGACGGCGUGA